AUUUAGGAUAAUGACUCUCUUAAUAAUCUUUCCCUCGACAUAGCACUGCUGGGAAAAUAAGUUUUCCUUGCCAAGUGACAAACUCUGCUCACACUUCUUUUAGGCAUUUUUUCCAAGCCUGACCCUGCCAAGAUGUCCUACCCUGCAGCUCAGCUCGCCAACUCCCUGCCACUGCUCCUCAUCUGCGACAACAUCCGAGAUCCAGGAAACCUGGGGACUAUUCUGAGAUCUGCAGCAGGAGUAGGCUGUGAGAAAGUGCUGCUCACCAAAGGCUGUGUGGAUCCGUGGGAGCCAAAGGUGCUCCGUGCGGGCAUGGGGGCUCAUUUCCGUGUGCCCAUCAUCGCCAGCCUGGACUGGGAAUCUGUUCCUGCCAACCUCCCUGCUGGCAUCCAGGUCUGCGUGGCCGACAACAACGACCCCGACGCUCCGGCCGGGAGCACACCCGUGCCCAGAGGGGCUGGCAGGGCUGCCUCUGCUCCUGCCAGCCCAAAAGCUCCCGUGAAAUCCAGCGCCAAGGCUGCUCCCGAGCACGGGGAUGAGGAGGGAGCAGCAAUCCCAGGGCUGGCUGCACAGCAUUACUACGAGGACUGGGCACGGGCUCCGGUGGCCGUGGUGAUCGGAGGGGAGACCCACGGCCUGAGCCCGGCCGCGCUGGGGCUGGCAGCCAGCACGGGGGGGAAGAGACUGCUCAUUCCCGUGGUGCCAGGCGUGGACAGCCUGAACUCUGCUGUUGCUGCUGGCAUCCUGCUGUUCGAGGGCAAGAGGCAGCUGCUGUGGCGGCACAAGCAGGAGGAUGGCAGGCAGAAGUUGCCUGUGCCAGGCUGAACUGUUUGCUGAAGGAGCGCCUCUUGCCUUUAGUUCUUUGAGGGUUAAUAAAAGAGCAGCUCGGGCUGUUUGGUUUGUAGUAAAUGA